CAAAGAUUAGGGUUUGGGCUAGCGACACUCCUCUCUCUGUUUUCGAGCUUCAGGGGACCAAAAUAAAAUCUCUGCAACCUCUCUUGUCCUCUUGAGAGAUUGUUCAUGUUCAAGUGGGCUUAAGCUUUACGGUCUUCUGAUUCGGAUUACGAUUGAAAGGAAGAACCUUUUUUUUAAGUUUAAGAUGGAUGAGGGAGAUGGGAGAGAUCAUUUCCACCGCAACGAGGCGAUCUCCGCCGUCGCCGACGAGGGUUUUAUGGCCGAGGAAGAAGACGAAGACUUUGACGAUCUUUAUAACGACGUUAAUGUCGGAGAAGGGUUUCUUCAGUCCGUGAGAAAGAAGGAGGAAGCUGAGAGAUCCAGAAACGAAGAGAAGAAGGUGAAAAUAGAGGAAGAAGCUGAGGUCUCUAUACCUGGUUUGGUUGCUGAGAGUGUUGCUAUCAAAGCAGAGGCGGAAUCAGAAACAGGAGGAGGGGAAAGUGGUAGUGGUGUGGUAGUUGCUUCUAGUGGUGGAUAUGGAGGUGAAGAGGUUAAGGUUAAUGAGGUUAGGGUUGAGCUAGGGCAAGCUCCUAAUAGGGUAAAUGAAGUUGAGGCUUCUAGAGGAAGUAAUUUUUCUCAGGGUCUUUUGCCACCACCACCAGGUCCACCACCUCCUAGCUUGGGAAAUAACGAGAAUUUUGUUAGACCUGUUAAUGGUUUGACUCAUCCUGGUCCUGGUAGUGGCAUGGUUGGGAACGGAGCUGUUAUCCAUAUGCCUGGUGUUCUUCCUAGUGGUGGUGGAGGAGGAGGAGGGGGUGGGACUUUUCUUUUUGUUGGGGAUUUGCAUUGGUGGACAACUGAUGCUGAGAUAGAGGCAGAGCUGUGUAAGUAUGGUGCAGUGAAGGAGGUUAGGUUCUUUGAUGAGAAAGCUAGUGGUAAGUCGAAAGGGUAUUGUCAAGUGGAGUUUUAUGAUUCUAUGGCAGCUACGGCUUGCAAAGAGGGGAUGAAUGGUUAUGAGUUUAAUGGUAGGUCUUGUGUUGUUGCGUUUGGUAAUCCUCAUUCCAUUAAGAGAAUGGGGGAGGCACAGGUGAAUAGGAACCAACAGGCGCAAGCUGUACUUGCACAAGCUAAGAGAGGAGGCCCUGUUGCUGAUCCUCCUCCGAGUAAACCCGUUGUGACUCCCACUAACAAUAACUUCAACGGCCACGCCGUUGGUGGGAAUUUCCAAGGUGAGGAGAAUAGAGGAUUUGGGAGAGGUAAUUGGGGUAGAGGAAAUGGUCAAGGGAUGGGUGCUAGAGGACCAGGUGGUCAAAUGAGGAAUAGGCCUGGUGGGAUGGGUGCAAGAGGUUUCAUGGGUAAUGGUAGUGGUGGGUUUGGCCCAGGGCAUCCUAUGAAUAUGAUGCAUCCUCAAUCAAUGAUGGGACAAGGGUUUGAACAAGCUUUUGGUGGACCCAUGGCGAGAAUGGGCGGUUAUGGAGGAUUCCCUGGGGCUCCAGGUCCACCGUUUCCUGGGCUUCUGCCCUCGUUCCCUCCAGGAGGAGUUGGUUUACAUGGAGUUGCACCUCACGUGAAUCCAGCGUUUUUUGGAAGAGGGAUGCCGAUGAAUGGAAUGGGAAUGAUGCCUAAUGCUGGUGGUGAUGGAGGGCACAAUAUGGGAAUGUGGGAUCCCAAUAGUGGAGGAUGGGGUGGUGGUGAAGAUGUGGGUAGUGGAAGAGGUGGGGAAUCGAGUUAUGGGGAGGAAGCUGCAUCGGAUCAUCAGUAUGGAGAGGUUAAUCACGAUAGAGGAGCUCGUCAGAAUCAUGUGAAGGAGAAAGAGAGAGCUUCAGAAAGGGAAUGGUCUAAUUCAUCUGAUAGAAGGAAUCGUGAGGAUAAAGAUGCUGGUUAUGAGAGGGACAUGCCUAGGGAGAAAGAUGCUGGUCAUGGCUAUAAUUUGCCAGAGAAAAGGCAUCGUGAUGAUAGAGAAACUGGUCGUGAGCGUGAGAGGGAACAUCAUCAUAAGGAGCGUGAACGCUCCAGGGAUCGAGACAGAGAGAGAAACAGGGAGAGUGAUCGUCAUAGAGGAGAACGAGAAAGAUAUGGUGGUGGUGAUCAUCGUAAUAAACACAGGGACGAACCUGAGCAUGAUGAUGAGUGGAACAGAGGUCGAUCAUCCAGAGGACACAGCAAAUCACGGUUGUCUCGGGAGGAUAACCAUCGCUCAAGAUCAAGAGAUGCUGAUUAUGGGAAAAGAAGGCGGCUUACAACUGAAUAAUAAUCAUCGUUAUGGGUAGACUGACUUUGAGAGCUCUUCCAAAAUUCUGAAGCCUUGUGGAAGAAACAAAAGCGGAAGAAAGAAGACAUCAGAGAACGUCCGACUCUUGUCGUAGAAGAAAGUCUCUCACUGGUGGAUCUCGUCUUCAACUCAGCUUACUUACGUAGAUGUGGAAAGGAACUUGGCAAACGUUUGCGUUGUUUAAAGUUUUAAGACUCCUUUUACCAUUUUUAUGUGAAACUUCUAAGACCAUUGUGUUGUGGUGAUGUUACUUAUGGCCUUUCGGGUGUCCAUCCAUUUGUGUUUAGGUUUCUUAUCUUAACUGUUUCUGAAUUUGUUGUUCUGUAGUUGUAUUAGUUCUCAUUUCUCCAUGUUCUACCCAUUGGAUUGUAUUGUAUGUUUCAUUGUAUUUGUAAGUCCUCAUCUGUAUUAGGAUCUACGUCAGAGGUCAUGGAUACAUGACAAAUGUAAUAGCGUGGCAUCCUUUGGGGAAUGUGUUUUUGUGAUCUCCAAAUGUGAUGUAGUAGAUCAUCUUACUUUUGUAUUGUUGUAGAGGGAAACCAAUAGCUCUUUGUUCAAAUGUGUACAUAAUAGAAAGUGAGGCUUAUUCACG